AUGCAGAUCUUUUUCACAAUAUUUGCUGUGUUAUCAGCUACCACCGCUUCCGCGACCAGUAUCCUGCUACCAUUGUACUUAUAUCCAAGCCCCCUAGGAUGGUGGGACAGUGUUUACGACGCCAUCGCUACCCAUCCGUCCGUCGACUUCCAGAUCAUCCUCAACCCUGACUCCGGGCCUGGCGGCUCGACUCCCGGAUAUAACAGUGACUGGAUCAACGCAACCUCCAAGCUCCAUUCCUACGACAACGUCGAGACCUACGGCUACGUUCCUAUCAAUUACGGGGCCAGGACAUUGGCAGACACCACAACCGACAUCGAAAACUGGAACGGAUGGAACAACUACACGGCAGCAGACAUCUCGGUUGAUGGACUCUUCUUCGACGAGACCCCAAACUGGAUGGGCGCAAGAGGCGUAGAUGACGUAUCUUUCAUGGAACAGCUCGUCCAGCUGGCAGACCAAGGCGGGUAUCGCAAGAUCUUCAACAUCGGGCAGGCCUCCAACCACGACGAGUACUUCAGCAUCGCCGACACGGUCGUCAUCUUUGAAGGCGUAGCCAUGCUCUACAAAAACGCGGUGCUUAAUGUUGUCGCCGCCGAUGGCUUGACCGAGAAGUCCUCUGUGCUGAUCCACCAUUUCGAUGGGAGCCGCCUAACUACGAGGUGGGCAAUGAAUUGGAUGACGGACAUGCUCGAGAGGAACCUUAGCAGCUUUGUCAUUGUCAACACUGACUGGAGUAAUGCGAACUCGGAUGAUGCGCCGAUGGGGAUUGGGAUGCUCGCUGACAUGCUCGAGUCGAUCCAGGGAUGA